AUGCGCGGGGUGCAGGCGGCAGUGGCGCUGCGUCGUCAGCGCAGCCGGCGCGAGGAGCGCAAACGGCGCGCUCACCAACUCCUCGCUGGAGAGCGUGACGCCGCGGCCCUCUACCGGCGACGGCUUCGUCGAGGAGGAGCCGGCGCCGGCACCGGCGCGCUCGCGCAGCAUUCUCUUCGGCAUCACGCUCUCCACAUCGGCCUGGUGUUUCUCUUCAUCGGCUUCCUCAUGGUCAUCACGGCCAUGAUCCCCGGUACAUGGAGAAGGAUGCGCGGGGUGCAGGCGGCAGUGGCGCUGCGUCGUCAGCGCAGCCGGCGCGAGGAGCGCAAACGGCGCCUCACCAACUCCUCGCUGGAGAGCGUGACGCCGCGGCCCUCUACCGGCGACGGCUUCGUCGAGGAGGAGCCGGCGCCGGCACCGGCGCGCUCACGCAGCAUUCUCUUCGGCAUCACGCUCUUCCACAUCGGCCUGGUGUUUCUCUUCAUCGGCUUCCUCAUGGUCAUCACGGCCAUGAUCCCCGGCUACAUGGAGAAGGCCGAGGCGUACGACCUCGUCGGCACCGGCACCUUCUUCGUCGUGCUGGGCGGCGUGCUGACCCUGGUGAACCGCGUCAUCAGCCGCCGCGAGGAGGACUCGCUGCAGGAGUACGUGUCGGGCCGGCUGGCGCGCUCGCGCAGCGGCGGCCGGCUGAUGCGCGACACGGAGGCCAGCCUGGCGGCCGAGGCGGCGCUGGCCGGCAUCGCCGAGGAGACGGUCGGCCUCGGCAAGGACAGCUCGGGCGACUCGCAGGCGGCGCUGCUGGGGGUCGCCGAGCCGCGCGACUACACGGCCAAAGCGCGGGGCUGA